GCGAUUCCGAUCGUUGCCGACAGCGGAACACCGUGCGUGUGUGUAUGUGUUUGUGUGUUUGAGAGAGCGCGCGUUUGUAAGCGUUUGUCGGUGUACGUGCGUGUUGGCGCAGUGUGUGAAUUUUCAUAAUCGCGAAUAUAAUCGGAAUCAAAAAUUCCCACAGAAACAGAAAAAAGUGAGUUGCUGAAUUUCAUUAAUGAAGUCACGGGCAGCUUCCGAGAGCAGCCAAAUUGAGUGCACCGUUCAACCAAACGGCGUGUCGACGUUGUGUGACGCUUCCAGCUGUUAUCCAGAGCUUGCGUAUGUGUGUGUGUGUGUGUCUGAGUGCUUAGAUGUGUCUGUUUGUGAGCGACCAAGUGGGCAGGUGUGCUAAAUGUGUGUCAUUUGUCAGUAGCCGAGCAUUUGAUGUGAAAGUUUUCAUCCUGUGCCUGUGUGCAGCGUGAUAAGCAAUCGAUUGUAUGAUUAUAGUGCAGCAUAAAGAGGGCUCACAACCGACAAGCUCCCUUUUUUAGAGGCGUUUAGACGUGCAUUAAUGAGUAUAUGUGUGUGUGUGUAGGUGUCCAAUGUGCGUGAAGUCGUGAUUGAUUCCAUCUCAUUACUACUAUCCAUGUCCAUGUCUUUAUCACCAUCAUCUAAUCACAAUUUCAUAACCAAUCUGAAAGCGGAGCGGUGAGCUUUGCAGUGUAUUUAUCCAUUGUUUUUCAAUGUAUAAAAUCUAUCCAAUAAUCGUGUGCGUGUGUUUGUGUUUGCAUAAAAGUGUGUAUAUUGCGAUGGUCACUUCCGUGUGGUGAUGUGAAGUGUUCCGGUGCGCCAUAAAGGUGUAUGAAGCAGAGCUGUAUGUGAACAACCAACCAAGCAGAGUGAGCGUGCAUGUGUCUUCACUUUGGGCGCUCGUGUUUAGGAAGUUAUGUACUGUUUCCGUUUUGACUGGGAUCAGCAGUGAGGAUAUUUCCUUAUCGAUUGUAAAGGUUCAUCAUCCACUCACACGAAAACAAAACACAAAAUGGCCGACCAAGGUCAAGCACCACCGAUAACGUCGGCACCGAAGCGCAGCACCGACCAUCCACAGUGCUCCAUCGGGAUGCCCGCCACCUUCCAGCAACAUCUGCACGGUUCGGAAUCGUGCAAAAACUCGCCCAACGUGCCCCGCCGACACGAUCCCGCACACCAUCUGCCGCACCAUGCGGCCGCCCUGCUGCUGCUCGAAAGCGGCUCGCAAAGCGCCAAAUCGUCUCCGCUGCCGAACAGGCGGCUCGACAAGCUGCAGGGCGUGAUUCGGGAUCAGCGAUCGACACCGAUCGUCGGUCGGCGCGAGGGAAGCGAGAUGGAAGCGUUCGAUUCGCCGCUCGUCUCACGCCGCUUUCUGCAGCAGCAACCGUGCGAGUGUGCCGGUGGAUCGGCCGUACCGGCACCGGCCAAGCGUCGGGCCGCGUCCGAGUGUGUGUGCAGCGGUGCGGAGCCACAGGUGAUGCGUAAGCGCGUUGAUUCGGACUGCGGCAGUACGAGCAGCAGCUGUCUGCGCAAGAACGUAGUGCGUCACAAUUUCGGACUUGCCAGCGGUGGCACGGGCGGCGGUGGUGGUGUAAGUUCAUGUGAAAAUUCCCCCGUUCCGGUGCGUCGUCAGUUUGGGGCUGCGGUAGGGCAGGCGUAUCCUGCCUCCCCAGCCAAAAGUGUGCUCGGUGAGCCGGGAGUGUUUUCGUCGCCUGUGCAUCGUCCAUACCACCAUCAUGCGGCUUCAGGUGCAGGGUUUCAUGGCCCAGCCGGUGGUAGCCCGGCGAAGAGUGUUUUGGGUGAGCCUGGAGUGUUUUCAUCACCGGCACGAAGCAUUGUUUGUAGCCCACCUGGUGGUGAGCCGAGAGGUGGUGGUGUUGGUGGUGUUGGUGCCGGUGGGGAUGGUAUGGAAGAUACGGAUCAAGGUGUUGGUGUUAGUGGGGCAAGUGAUGUGCUGGCAGGUGAUCAGACAAUCGUGUCCGGCUGGUUGAAGUUUCGCGAUAACAAGAAGUGGAAAAUCCGAUGGGGUGUCGUAACGAAGCUCUCACCAGCUGCAGAUUGCCUUCAUCUGCAGCUCUACCGGGACUCGAAGGAUCGCUACAAAAACGGUCAAACGAAGGCAUCGCUCUCGCUGCAGCACUUUCUCGGCGUGGAGUCGGGUUUCACGCUGGACAAGGAGUCCAACACGAUAGCAAUCAUCUGCCAGGACGUGAUAGUCGUGCUGGCAUUCGAUACCCGCGAAAGACUGAUACAGUGGCAGGUGAAGAUAUCCAACAAUCUUGGGGACGAUCUCCAGUACCUGGUUCUGGUGUCAUCGGCACCACCGAAAGCGAAACUAUCCACCGGACCCGCCCGGAUGCACAUCCAGGAUCAUCGGUUCUGUCUGACCACGGGCGUUCCUCCCCGGUUGACCGGGCUAUGGCAAAUCGAGCACUUAAGACGGUACGGUGUGGUGGACAAUCGGUUUUGCUUCGAAGGUGGCUCGAGCUGCGGGAAGGGCGAGGGCCUGUACGUGUUUGUGACGGAUCUGGGCGAGGAGAUAACGCACACGUUUAAGCUGGCGUCGCAGGGCAAGCUGGCGAGCAAGAAGCGGGCAACGGCGAGGAAAAUUGCAGCUCUCGACAGUCCCCGCAAGGGCGCAGAAUCACGCUCGACGAACUACAACGACGAGAUCUGCACCGUGCAUAUCGAAAACUCGAGCUGCACCUGCCGGAACUCGUACUGGCCGUCGACGGAAUCGCGCGACCUGGACAGCAACUACGGCUGCGGUGAUACGGCCUCCGUCUCCGAGUGCCACGACAGCAUCAACGAUUUGGACUCGUUCCCAAGGAAUACGGUGGCCAAUCUCGAACGCUGCAUGAGCUGCAUCUCCAAGCUCGGCGCCCCUUCCAUGUCGCGCAGCUCCACCGUCACCGGGACGCCCGGGGCCGUCGCCCCACUGCCCGCCUGGCACAUGCUAACCGAGCACAACAACCACAUCAAUCAAACGCACAAACUGCCCGCACCGCAGCUAGCGCUCGACCGGAUGUCGCUCUGUUCGCACGGCAGCAGCAACAACUCGGAGUACUCCAUCCCCCGGCAGACGUGCGGCGGCGGCCCGGGUGAAUCGAGCUGGUACGAGAAGGCACCGAGCGGACAGCAGCAGCAGCCGGGUGCACCCGCCUGCAAUCACCAUCGCUCAACGUCGCCCUGCAGCUGUCCGUCCGUUCCGGGCCGACCGCCGAAACCGCGAGACAUUGCACUGCACAUAACGGCCCCCAUCCAUACCGCCAUCAGUAUGUCGACCGGCAAGACCCCACAGCAGCACAGCGUCGGCCCGUACGAAAACUACGACAUACCGAAGACGCCGGUCGCCUGCGAUGGCUCGUCGUCCGGCUGCACGCCGGGCGAGAACUACGAUACGCCGAAAAAAAUACAAGAGUACCUGUCGAAGGAGGGCAAGGAUGCGGUGGACGGUGCCGGCAGCUACGGCAACUACGACAUGCCCAUGUCCCUGACGAAGGCAGUGUGCAGCUGCCUGUCCGGUGGGGCGGACGCACCAGCCCUACAACCGCCACUGAAAGGGCCCGACCGGGGGGUGGACUGUACCUGCCAUCGGGUGAUGUCGUGGGCGGACAACUGGAUAUCGCUGCCGCUGUGCAAGCGGGGCAACGGGAUCGAAAACACUGCCGACGUGCAGGUGAACAAGGUGAAGCUGAGCGGGGAGGGCAAGAUGCCGGUGAUGGAUGCGAGUGGUGCGGGCGAUGGGGCGAGCGGCGCGAUCUACGCCACCGUCGAUGUGACGAAAAAGAUCCGCAAAAGGCUGGAGCAGGGUGCGUGCGCGUGCGAGGAACCGCUCGUGACGCAGCCGCAGGCCAGCGGUCCGAAGCAGCUGCCCGCCAGCUGCUACGACAACUACGAGGAUGUGGAAAUCAAACCGGAAGCGGCGGGGGCGGCAGCAGCAGCAGCGGGAGCCAACUACGCCAAUCUGGAGUUUGAGCGGUCGCUGGAGAACUACGAAAACUCCAAGGAGGUACUGCAGCGCGCUGGCUUAUGUCUGGCGGGGCUAUCGAACGAGGACGAAGAGGAGGAAGAACCGCGCCUGUGCCACAAGUGUGGACAUCCGAGUGUGAAAACGCCCGACACGGACACGGAGAAUCGACCGGACGGUGCUGGUGGUACGGAGCAACCAACGGCGACAACGUCAACGGACGAUAAGCAAGAAAACUACAUGAUGAUGGAACCGGGCAACAAGAAGUCCAAGUUCCCGGGCUAUAUUCCCAUGUCGCCGGCCGCUCCGACCGGCGCGUGCGGUGCAACCGAACCGGGCGAUGGAACGGUAUCCCCUACCGCACCACCGCUACCCUCCAAAUCGGACCUGCUGAAGCAGCGCAUGAGUCGCAUCAUCGGCGAAAAGUCGGCCAGCAAUCCGAGCCUGUGCGGGCCGGCGGUGGAUCGCAGCCGGAAGCGAAUAGACGACGAGUCGCGCGUCCCGGGCAGUGCGAUGCUGCGUGCCACCCUGGCCAGCCCGUACGCCCGCAAGCAGCUCAUGGACAGUAGCGAUCUGCUGCCCGCCUGCGCUGCGGAGAAGGCCCGUCUCUCGCCCAGGAAACGGUCCGCGUCGGCAGAGUCGUCCCGCUUUUUGGACGCGGACGGCGACGAGCUGGAAAGCCCGCUCAGCGGGACGGCGUCCCCCAGCACGGAAACGCUGCUGCGCAAGACGCCAACGCCCGGCUCGGCGACGGCCCUGCGGCGAUCGUCCUCGCCGUGCGUCCACCAGGAGAUGGAGGCGUGCGACAAAUCGGCAGCGGCGGCCACCGAAGCCGAGGACGACCUGUCCGCCUCGACGAACCCUGCCUCGAGUCAGGCUUCCCAGUCCGUGUACAUCCGGCGGUCGGAAAGUGUGCCGUGCAAGGCACAGAACCGGGACAGCUCCAGCUCGAACGAUUCCGGCGUCUCGACUGGCUCGCUGCGGCAGCGCGGCACUGACUUUACCGACUUUGAGCUUCCGCUGACGACGGCCAUGUCGGCCCGGCGCCACCAGCGGCACGUGCUGCCGGCCCAGAACUGUGUGCAUGCGUCGCUGCCACGCCGCUCGAAAUCGUUCGAUCCGCUGCGCGAGCUUUCCUUCCAGUUCCAGAAGGUGCGCGUGCCGGAGAAGAGCACUUCGGCCGAGGCGGAGGUGCCCGUCUGUCCGCCCAAGGCGAAGGACGCGAUGAUGGCCGGCGGUGUGCCUGGUGCACCGUACAUUGAUUCGCGCAGCACCAGCAGCGGCACGUCCGACAUGUCCGACUACAUCGAGACGCUUUCCCUCUCUAGUCACAGUUCCUCCGAUACGCCCGAAGGCAUGAGGCACAUCCGACAGGCGACAUCGACGCUAAGGCCACGCUCUGGCAAAGAGUAUCAAAAUAUCGAUCGCUCGAUACUGUCGCUCACGCAGGCGAGCACGACGGACGCGAUCAAGAUGCCGGGCACACCGUCCCAGCUGCGCGGGCUGCUCUCCUGUUCGGCCAACUACGCCAACAUCACGCCCGUGCCGGAAAAUGCCGAAUCGCCCAGCCCCGGCUACCAGAGUGGCACCUCGCCGCAGGACGCACAGGGUCAGCAUUUUAUGUUUAAGAACUCAUCGUAAAACCAAAAACACACAACCUGCAGCAGCAAAGCCAAGGUAUUGUACAGACAAUUUCAUUAAUUUUAAGGUUCGUUAAGCGCACGUGUCUGCAGUGUGUUGAGAACGAGGUGAAAUAGUCACACCAAGAACGACAACAACAAAGCAAAAAAAACAAAAAAACAGACCCAAAAACAUUCAAUGAAAGCAAUAACAUUAUGAAGUAUAAAACAUUUGUUUUUGUAUGUUAGUCAGUACGAAUGGUAUAAA